AUGUCUAAUAAUACAGAGACGCCAUCGUGGAUACGUUGCGAACUAUUUGAAAAAGUACUACGUGACAAUAUAAAAGGAUUCGGUAAAAUUGAAAAUUUCAAAGUCUAUCCAGCAUUGGCACCUGGAGAGAAUUAUGCCACAGUUAUGUUAAAAGUCCACAUCGAUUAUAUCUUGGAAACACAACAAGUUGAGAAAAUUACCUUUAUGUUAAAGGUUCCACACGACAAUGAAUUGUAUCGCAAUGAACUCACUAAAUGGGAUAUGUUUGCCACCGAAUCGGGAAUGUAUAAUGAAAUUGUACCGGAAUUUGAAAAAUUAUAUAUACGAAAAGGUAUCGAUAUACGAUUUGGAGCCAAGGCAUAUGAAUUACCAGUCUCGGAGGAGUAUAUCCUCUUAGAAGAUCUUUCACGUCGUGGAUUCCGCAAUGUGCAAAGACAAAAUUGUUUAGAUUUGGCCCAUUGUCAAGGUGUUUUGAAAAAGUUGGCACAGUUUCAUGCAGCCUCCGCAGUGUGGGUACAAGAAAAUGAACCCUUUCCAAAAUUAUAUCGUCCCGGUAUGAUAAGAAAAGAGGGUAUGACGUUGCUCAAACCAAUGUUAACUAGUAGUUUAGAACAUGUACUAAGGGCAGUGAAACAUUUAAACAAUUCCGAUAAAUAUCAUACGAAACUACAAUAUUUUGGAGAACAUCUUGAAGAAGCUUUACUCGGCCAAGAAGUCGCAGAUGAACGAGAUUUCCUGGUCCUAAAUCAUGGAGAUUGUUGGGCCAAUAACAUCAUGUUUCAAUACAAUGAACUGGGCGAAUUACAGGAAACCUAUUUUGUUGAUCUACAAUUACCGGGCUACAGAAGUCCAGCUCAGGAUUUAUUGUAUUUUCUCAUUUCCUCGGCUCAAUUGGAUUUGAAAAUUAAUCGCUUCGAUGAAAUGAUUCUAUAUUAUUAUGAAAAUUUAAUAGAACAUUUGAAAAUGUUGGAAUAUAAAAAACCCCUGCCUUGUCUGCGUGAGUUACAUCAAAUGUUAUUGAGAGAUAGUAUUUGGGGCAUUAUAGCUUUGCUCGUUACCAUGGCUGCAGUUUUGUGUGAAACUACCAAUGAAGCUUCCAUCGAUAAUUUAACAAGUGAUUCCCCAGAGAGUCAAAAAUUUAAAGAGCUACUCUAUACCAAUGAACGUUUCCUCCAACAUUUAGGCGCUGUCCUACCCUGGAUGUUUAACAGAGGAGCAUUUGAUAUCUGA